AUGUCGAUUAUGUGGGCAGACAAAUAUAAACCUGACACUUUUCAAAAUCUCAACUAUCAUGAAGACAUUUCGAAAAGAUUAAAAACUUUGGCUUCAUCGGAUGAUUUUCCACAUUUACUCGUAUACGGACCCUCAGGUGCAGGUAAAAAGACGCGUAUUGCUUGUACUUUACGAGAAUUAUUUGGUGAUGGUGUUCUAAGGAUUAAAUCAGAUCAACAAACUGUUAUUCCGCCUUCAAAUAAGAAAUUUGAAGUUAACAUAAUAGCAAGUAAUUAUCAUAUUGAAAUAUCACCUAGUGAUGUUGGAAUUCAUGAUCGAAUAGUUAUUCAACAGCUAAUCAAAGAUAUUGCACAGACUCAACAAAUUGAUGCAAGCGCUAGGCAUAAGUUCAAGGCUCGAAUUCAAGACCCAAAGAUGACUGGUUAUGUUGCAACUAGAUAUUAUCGAGCUCCUGAAAUCAUGCUAACAUGGCAAAAAUAUGAUGUAGCAGAAAUGAUAAUGGGAAAACCUUUAUUUCCUGGGAAAGAUUAUAUGAAGCAAUUUUCAAUUAUUAGAGAAUUAUUUGGCACACCAUCAGACGAUGUAAUCAAAACAAUUUGUAAUGAUGCUACUUUGGAAUUUGUAUUAUCAUUGCCAAAAAGAGAAAAGGUUCCGUUAUCUCAAAAAUUUCAAAAUGUUGAUUUUGAAGUAUUGGAUUUACUUGAAAAAAUGCUUGUUUUUGAUCCAAAAACACGAAUCACUGCUGAGCAAGCCUUAGCUGAUAAAUAUCUAGAUCCAUAUCAUGAUGAAUCAGAUGAACAUGUUGCUGAUGAAGCAUUUGAUUGGUCAUUUAAUGAAACAGAUCUUCCAACUGAUAAUUGGAAAAUUAGAAUAUAUCAAGAAAUUUUGGACAAUGCAGUGAUUGCUCAACCAACUUAUCGAUAA